CCCUUCUCUCCCUCCCUUCCCCUUCUUCGUGCCUGGUGUGGUAGGGAGUCAGUAGCCCUGGGACCCUUCACCCUCCUCAAUCUGGCUCCCGCAUUCCCGCCAUCCUUCUGACAGUCGCGAUCCGAGCGCCCUUGAUGAUUCGAAGCCCGGGUAAUUUAAGAUAAUGAAGUUCAAGCCGAUCCCGCAGAUCAUCGAGAUAUCAGAUCCUUCAAAGUAUAGACACUUGGACAUGUGCGAUUCCCUUAUAAGCUCGUAUAUGUUGAAAAAUUCUGUCGAUUUCGUGUCUACAUCAAACGACGAAUCCUGCAAUGCAACCUUGAACCCUUGGCUGGACGGCUACCAGCGGAUGUGUUCCUGGUUAUUGCACCGUACGAUGGGCGCCGGGCUACCCAUGUUUAGGUUCUUAGCCAACACAACGCUGUCCAUGCAGGUGUAUAGCAUGGUUUUCCCUUGCCAGGAACAUCGUGAGAGGGGAAAAGUGGGGGAGUUGAGACCCCGUCCAAGAUCAACCAAUUCGAGACAAGCGGGUCAUGAUCAAUGUGACCUGCUGUUCUUUUCUGCUUUCUCCUCCUCAGGUCGAUUGUGCAAUAUGACUGGUUGCUGCCAUAAUCGCCGAGGACUCUCCGCCAAAGGACCAUGAUUUCCGUUCGACGUUGGCUAGUCCGUGAUGUUCAGGAACCCACUUAGAGCUAAAGGCUGUGUGGAUCCUGUAAGAUGCCCUUCCUCGGUCAGGGACCCUUCAGUACUCCGUAGACACAGUUGGGUUUACCAUCAUCUAACAUGAUCAGGAUGAGACUUUUUUCCCUCCCUCAGCCGAAUGCCUUCAAUUUCCGC